UCCCCUCAUCCCCAUCCCUCUUGCUCCCUCUGCCCCGGUGCCGGCUGGGCCAGGCUGGGAUGUCACCACCAGCCCCGGAUGCCGUGGACGUGGUCCUGCCGGGCCAGGAGCUGCUCCAGAGGUGAGGGAAUGGCCACGGGGGAAGGACGGAUUCCUCCUUGGAAUGGCUCCCUGCUCCAGCCUUCCCGUUUUUCUCCUGGCAGCUCCCGGGAGAGCGCCGGAGACCCACCGGAGCCGGGGCUCGGCCGUUACCACCUGGCGCUGCAGAGGAUGGCAGGGGACCUGCUGUCCCUGCGCCGCCGCGUCACCAGCCUGGAGGCCGAGAACGGACACCUGCGGCACAGCCUGGCGCGGCUCCGGGAGCCGCUGGAGCUCCGCCACAGCCAGCUGGACAAACUGAGCCGGGAGGAGCUGCUGGAGCGACUCGCCACGCUGGGGCGCGAGCUGGCGGUGGGCGCUGCGGAGAUGCGGGGGCUGCGGGACCGAGUCCAGCGGCUGCAGAACGAGCUGAUCCGGAAAAACGACCGCGAGAAGGAGCUGGUGCUGCUCCAGCGGUGGCACCGCCAGCAGCAGGUGACACUGAGGAGGUGCCAGGACAGGGUGGCCAAGGCCAGGGCGCUGGAGCAGGCGCUGCGGCAGCAGGAGAAGGUGAUCGAGGCCAUGGAGCGGCUGCUGCGGGAGAAGCCGGGCAGGAGCACGAAGACACCCGCGGGUGACAGUCUCGGCGGGGACGCGCUGGCGCUGCUGCCCGAGAACCGGCGGCUGCGAGGGGAGCUGGCCAGAGCCCCCCGGGCCCCGGCGCUGCCGGGGGGCCUGGGGGGCGAGGAGAAGCUGCGGCUGCUGGCCCGGCUGGAGGAGGCGCAAGCCCGCGGGCGAGCGUUGGAGAGGCAGCUGGAGGAGGCGGCCAGGAGCUGGGGCCGGGAGAACCAGGAGCUGGGGACGCGCCUGCUGGAGCGGGAGCACGGCCUCCCCCCGGCCAGGACGCUGCCGGCCGUUCCCGUGCCCCCCCGGAGGAGACCCCGGGCCCUGCCCCCCCUGCCCUGACCCCGCAGAGAUGGAGAUGCCCGGGGCCGGCACAGAGGAGCUUUUCCAUGGAUCAGCGGCACAGGGGAUGGGAGGCGAAGCAGAAC